AUGGCCCUGGCCGACGCGUACAAGCAGUUCCUCGCUGCGCCGCACCCAGAUCUGCUCGCCCCGGACGCCAGCCUUGUCUACGUCACCACGGGCACUGUCUUCAAGGGUGUCGACAAAAUCUCGGAGCACUUCAAGCUCACGGCCAACAAGCUCCAGAGAGACAAGCAGGAAGCCCUGACUGUCGUCGAAGGCCACGAUGCCGUCGUCAUCGAGGUGGACACAACCCUCAAGUUCCUGACCAGUGGCGGUGCUUACCUCCCUGGCCUCGACGACAACUUCCUCUCUGACCGCACUGUCCACCUCCCCAUUACCCACGUUGUCACCUUCGACUCACAGGGCAAGAUUCUCCAAAUCCGUCAGUCGUGGGACCAGGGUGGCCUGCUCAAGCAAUGCGACGUUAUUGGCAAGUCUGGCCGCAACUGGCCGAUACGCGACAGCACUGAGCAGAUUCGCCUCAUCGCCUCGUCCGCGCAGCAACUCCCCGCCUCGGACAACUCCCACGAUCUGCCUGUCCGAGCACGCACCGCUGGCAACCGGCCCAUUCGCGACCCGCACGAGCUCUUUGCCCACAAGCCCGAGGAGGAUCAGAGCAUAGAAUCCAUCAUCUCUCCCAAGGCUGGAGGUACUCGGCCCCGGCAGCGUAGCUUCACCGAGAUUCUUGGCGACGAGCCCGGCUCACCCAGCGCGGGUCGGGACCGCUCAGAGUCGUCGACCAGAGCGGUUGCGCCCAAGAUCGGCGCUGGCAAGAACUUCCAGGCUCAGAGACUCUUUGACGAGAACGAGGACCAUGAGGAGUCCGACUCCAACGAGAGCUCCCCGAACCGCUUUUACCGACCUCACCCUGCCAAGUUCAAUCACUUUGAGUUUGGCGAUGCCACGGACCCUUCAGAUGCGGUCGAGAACAUCUCCAACCCCAACCCCAAGAAGACCAAGCACACCAGCCAGUGGGAUUUCGAGGACUUUGUCACCCCUGCCAAGCCCAAGGCCAAAGCCAUGCGUGCGCAAGAGGUCCGACACUGGGGUCUCGAGGCCGGCGACCAUGAGAGCCCGAUUCGACCGCCCCAAGGAAACAAGCCUCGCAAGGACGCCGAGACUCACUUUGAGUUUGUGGACGACGGCCCUGAGAGUGCCGAGCCUCGCAAGGAUGGCCCUCGCGGUGCUCUGCACAACAAGAAGCUCAGCCUCUACCAGAACAACUUGUACGACGAGGAGGGCCGUGACGCGCCUGCCGAGCCCGAAAAGCAGGCACUUGGUGCCGUCACCAACCUCAAGGACCGCGGUCGGGACUUUGCGCCCCACUUUGACAUGAACGACAACUCUCCUGCACAGAAGCCGACCAAGCCGCAGACCAUCAGCGAUGAUCGCAAGAAAGCCGUCAAGAUGAUGGACGCCAACUGGUCCAGCUAUGAUACGUCUCCUGCACAAAAGGAGAACAAGCCCGAGCGUGGUAUUGCGAUUGCAGGUAAUGGGAUGGGCGGUGGCAAGGGCCAGACCGCGGCAGGCCUUGAGCAGCGAGGCAUUGCCAUUGGCGGCGACGGCAUGGGUGGUGGCAAGGGCUCGAACCGGGAAUGGAUGUUUGGCAACGACGACCAGCCUGAGGAGAAACCGGUGCCUGGCAAGAAGGCCAACCGCUACGUCUCCACCAACCGGACCUUUGACUGGGACUUCUAG